AUGCCAACACUAUGGGCGGAGUUUGUUGGUGUCUUCAAGUUCAAGAGAGCAGACACCUUUAAACACUUGCUAGAUCGGACACGCGAUGUCCCCGUCACUAUUGUGCCCGAGUCAAGCACAGGGGUAUUAGUCUGGGCCGUUGAGAAUCUUGACCGUGUAGGCGCACUCGAUUGCCCCGAGGUCUUCAACGCCAAUGCGUUCGGGACUCUUUGGGCGCCUCCUUUUGUGGACAAGGAGUUGCCUCAUCUUCGUGACUUGCGGUUUGCCAUUAGUCCUGGAGGAGGCUGCUACCGCGCAAUCCCAGGCACUGUGCCACUGAGAGCGCACUCCUUGCUAUCACUAUCGCUGGCACACGCACACGUACCAUUCUACACCCCGCGCUUGACCCGAUUGAGCCUGUUAGGUGCUUACUUCGAUCCGCCCACCAACACAGGACGGACAGUAGACGAACUGCUGGACGCUCUUCAGCAUUGCUUGCUGCUCGAACAUAUCGAUAUCACGUAUGCUAUCUCUAUGGGCAGGUCCACCACCUGGGGCUUGCAUCGGAGAUGCCGCCUGCCGCGCUUGACACAGCUGGCUGUCAUUCGUACGCAUCUGGACGCAGUGCAUCUACUGUUUGAAGCCCUCGAGGCCCCCGAGUUGCGCUCCGUGCGGCUUCAGCUGGCCGCAGAGGAUCGUGUGGUCGAUAUUCUCAAUCUUCCAGAACUACGCCGGGUCUUGUCAUUGCCGGAGCACUAUAUCCUCUGCAUUCGUUGCAAAAGUGGCGUUCAAUACCCUAGUGGGAAGGACUUCGAGCUUGUUCUAGGUGCUCUUGAGCACCUUAGAACGGCGUUCUCCUACGACUAUCUUCACCAAGACACGAUGUACGAUGAUCGCGAUGGCUUUAGGUUCAGCCUUGAUCAACAAGGCGAUCCGCAUACCGAUCCAGUAGACGUGCGCCCCCUGAGCAUAGAAUCUACUACUUCUAUCCUCGAGGAUGUCUCGUCCAACAUUCGUUGCGUCGGCCUGUCCCUGUCUACCGUCUUCCUUUCGGGCCCAGCUGAUGAUUGGGUGCAGCGCAUGAGGCCGAUAUUACGCGCCUGCCUCAAUGUCGUUACCGUGGAGGUAGUCAUUGAUUUCGACAACCACUUCUCCGUCGUUCGCGCUCUUUUGAAUCCACGCGACUCAGAGUUCAUCUUCCCCCGCUUGCACACGCUGAACUUGAAGCUUGUUCGCAAGCUCGGUCUGCGCCGCGGCGAUCACGUUGCGGGCAGCGCCCCUGAUUGGAUGGCCUGGAAGGAUAAUGGUGUUCAUCUGAGAGUCUUCAUAGAGGAACGAGCCGCGGCGGGCUGCCCGCUCGAUGACGUCUGUGUCGUGUGCGAGGACGAAAGUGAAGAGGGCGCAGAAAAUACACGCGCCUUUCGAAGCGAUAUUCACGGCUUCGUUGGCCAUCUCCUCUCGGCAGAAUCGCAGUCGAACACCGAAGAGGCAUAG